AUGCCGAAUAAAGCACCUCCAUCUCUUCAUACAUUACCCAUCGAAAUAAUCUAUUGUAUUCUCGACAAUCUCGAUCGAUUAGAAAUACUUCUAUCAGUUCGUGAUGUAUGCACACGACUGAAUGCAGUUACGAACACUUAUCCUCGAUAUAAGGAAUUCACUGAAUACAGUUGCUGUCAGUAUCAAUUUGACACUCAAAAACUACAGCAUUUAGCAAAUUCAUUACGGAAUAAUACGACCCUUAUAACUCUAAAUCUUAGUUCGAAUCAUCUUGGCGAUGAAGGCGCACAGCAUCUGGCCAAUGCAUUGCAGAGUAAUAAAACACUCACUACUCUAGAUCUUGCAAGGAUAAGUAUCAGCGUUGAAGGCGUUCAGUUUCUAACUAAUGCAUUACAAAACAAUAGAACACUUACAAGCUUCAGUCUUGAUUACAACCAGAUCCGUGCUGAAGGCGUACAGCAUGUAGCUAAUCUGUUACUCAAUAAUACAACACUUACAACUCUAGAUCUUGGGCGCAACCAGAUUGAUGUUGAAGGUGCACAGCAUCUCUUCGGUGCAUUGCAAAACAAUACAACACUUACAUCUCUAGACCUUUCGGGAAAUGAGAUUGGAAAUGAAGGUGUACGGCAUUUAGCCUGUGCACUACAAAAUAAUAGAACACUUACAACUUUAAAACUCGGGCGAAACGAUAUCAUUCACGAAGGCGCACAAUACCUGGCUAAUUUAUUACAUAAUAACACAGUACUCCUAGAGCUCGAUCUUCAUUCCAACAUUAUUGGUGAUAAAGGCACAAAGUAUCUGGCCAAUGCCUUAGAAAAUAACAUAACACUGACAACUCUACAUCUGAAGGACAACUAUAUCAGCGCUAAAGGCGCAGAGUAUUUAGCCGAUGCAUUACAGAGUAACCAAACACUCAAAACUCUAGAUCUUAAGGGCAAUUAUAUCGACGACGAAGGCGCAGAAUAUCUGGCUAAUGCAUUGUAUAAUAACAGAACACUUACAAAUCUAAAUCUUGGAGGGGGAAGUAGCAUUGGCCAAAAUUGGAAGCAUCGGGAUAUUGCAUCUCAAAAUAACAGAACACUUAGAAAUUUAGGUCCUGAAGAAUACACAAUCAGCGAUAAAGGCGUACAGUAUCUGGCUAAUGUAUUACACAACAAUACAACACUUACAAGUUUAAAUCUUCAGUGGAAUCGUAUCGGUGCUGAAGGCGCACAGUAUCUAGCUAAUGCAUUACAAAACAACAGGACACUUACCAUUCUAAUUCUUUCGAGAAAUAGUAUCUAUAAUAUAGGUGCACAGCAUAUAGCCGGCGCACUACAAAAUAACAAAACACUCACAACUCUGGAUCUUGCUGAUAACGGAAUCAGCGUUAAAGGUGGACAGAGCUUGGCUAAUGCAUUACAAAAUAAUACAACACUUACAACUCUAGAUCUUGGAAGCAACUGGAUUAGUACUGAAGGUGCACAGCAUGUAGCUAAUGCAUUACAAAAUAACAAAACACUUACAAUUCUAGAUCUUGGAGAUAAUAAAAUGGGCGAUGAAGGUGCACGCUUUCUGGCCUAUGCACUACAAAAUAAUAAAGUGAGUCACACUUUUGAAUCAUGA